CCUCUUUCUGUAAAUGAAAAUGAAAGUAAAUUCAUUACCGUCAGUAAGCUAUAUAAGAUCAGUUUUCAGCUCAGAUUAGCAGCUUCAACCAUGUAAGGAAGUAGAGCAAACAAGGUACAUCAUGUUUUGCCCAGAAUGUCGAAAUAAAGUGGAAAAGUCAUUUAGAUUCUGUCCUGAAUGUGGCUACAAGUUAUUUAUCUUGACUCAGAAUAGGACACAGGAUGUGGCCACAGCAGCACAUAAACCCUCAGUCACUGCUGAGGAGAAGAACCAAAGGGAGGAUCAAGAUGUUAAAGAAGAACAAGAAAAGGAGCAGCCUGCCAUUGGUAACUCAGAGCCAGCCAGAGAUGGUGCGACACCACAGGACCCAUCACAUAACACUGCCAGCCCAACCACACUGCAAAAAGAAGCCACACCUUCUUCAACCAGUCAGACUUUCUCAGUUGGCGAAUCAGUCACAAGCAGGAACCCACAAGUCACAGAGACUUGUAAGAAGGAAGAGAGGCUACCUACAGAAGCUUCUGAAAGUGAGGCGGCUGCUAGAUCAAACCUGUCAGUUUCCAUGAUAUCACCCUGUCAUAUACCUGGUAGUGAUAAACUGACAGAGCAACAAACUGAGGCCCCACCAGGUAUUAGACCAGAGGACAGCACUGACACUGUGCAAAUUUCUGCUGACAAACCGGGUGACAAUACUCCUGGGCCGUUGUCUACCUCUGUGUCAUCUCUAACAUCAGCUAAAGAAACUGUCUCCACUGCAUCUGAAUCAUCUGAGCAAAAACCUCAAGAAUGUGAUCCCAUGGCAAAGCAGCCCGUCGGUGAACAAGAUAAAGAUAAGACAAUAUCUCACGAGACACAAAAUCUUUCUGGGAUGCCAGAUGACGAUGAAAAUCACACCUGGUCUAAACAACAUAAAUUCGCUAAACAAACCGACAGCAAAGAAGACAAAGCAGCCAGAGAUUCUGCUGAUUCAUGUCCAGUAACAAAGAAAACAGCCAAAAGCUCUGAGGCUGUUGACACAAAAUCCAGUGAGAAAACAAGCACACACCUGACAAAGAGACACGAACAGCAGCCAGGCAACAGAGAUGUAGAUGUCUCCAGCAUGUCACCAGUACCCUCCUUGCCUCCCAGUCAGAGUGAUGAGAAGGUGGGUGUUGGACCAAAUAUUAUGGAAUCAUCCGCUGAACUUCAGACACCACAAAUUGAAUGUAUACCUGUGUACUUCCAUGCUGUCACUUCCAAAGAUUUUCAUUUGGAUCCAGAAAAGGAUAUUAUUUUCUUAAGAUCUGAAAAAUUGUUUGGAAAAUGGGAGAAAAAUGGCCGGAGAAUGUUCUUCUCUAGGUCUCUAGAGGACAAGCAAUAUCUUGUGGAGGGACAAGUUAUGAUUCCUAAGAGCAUAAUUCAUGAGAGCAUUCCCUACAAAUAUGUCAUUUGCAAGCCCAGUGAAAAUGGCUAUAAGAGCAUGUAUGAGAUCAUCUUCCAAAAAGAUGGAAAUCAAUAUGUCAACAGGUGUUUAGCAAUCAAAGAGGAUUUGUUAACACAUGAAGGCGAAUGGCACCAGUAUGAUGAUAUGAUCCAUCUCGAACUGAAGAAGAGGUUCUGGCUUUGGGAUUCGACCAAAGAAGUUGUAAUGAAAGGGAGAGACCUAGCAGGCAGGGUGAUGCUAAAUAUCAUCUUUGACCUUCUUACAACUUGGAAUGAACCAAAUGUGGACAACUUCUUUUUCCUGCUGCAACAAUUCUUUCACACAUACAGCAAUCCUUUACUUCAUGAUGGCAUAACACGACAGUGGGGAUUGAGAUAUGGUAUAGAAGAGGUGAAAAUCCUGCUCAAACAUGCUCUGGAGGAAAACAUCAAUCCCAGAAAGCAGAAAAAAAAUACAAAAUCCCUCUUACCACCUCUGAACGCAGGAGUUGUUAGUUUGCUUAUUUACAACAAGUAUCUGAAAGACGAUGUGAAGGAUCAAUUUUCUAGUAUAUGUGAACUUCUUUGCCUGCCCAACAAGCCACAACACCAAUUCUUCUCUUUUUGGAAAGACUUUGCAACCCCUUUAGCAAAUCAAAAGAGUGUUGCAGAGGCUGUUCAGAUGUUUUGCAACAGUGCUAGACAGCACCAUAUUGAGAAGUGGGUCUUGGUCAUCCCUCUGAUUCACCUACUGAGAGGAGAAAGCAAGCCAUUUGAGCCAGUUCCACCUGUCUUGAAUCCACAGUUUGACUCCUGGACAGGCUUAAGAGGGAGCAAAGGAACACAUGUCUCCAGGGAUGGUAAUAUUAGGAGUGUGAUCGGAAUUAUGAAAGACCAUGCAUACCUGGCCGACAUUGAUCGCCUUCUUGUGCACUCUUGGAUGUCUCUGCUGCGUGUGGAUGAUUUACCAAGCUUCAUAUCCAGUGUGCAAGUGGACCUCCUAGACAUUCUUCAUUACAUGCAGUUCAGUAUCAAAUCUGGAAUAACUUAUCCUAACUACAUGGCCUUGAAAGAAUUGGUACAUCAUCUCAUCAACAGAGAAAACCAAGGUAGUAAAAGUUUUGAUGACAAAUAUGGAGAGUGUUGCCUGAAAACUGCAGUAAGGCUUCUUGGUUCUAUCUGCCAUCAUACAACAGACACAAACCGCUUAGAUGUUCCUCUUUACUUCCUUGAUCUGGUCUGUCUGAUAAUCACGGCAUACAACCAUGCGGAUUCCCAGUCAAGAGAGAUAAUUCAUCAAGAGUCAUUUGGGGAGACGCUAGAAACAAUGAGGAAAUGGCGGAGAACUACCUUCAAAAAUAAACUUCUUAAUGGAUGGACAACUGUGCAGUUUUCUGUACCCCUUGAAAUUAAGGUAUGGGAAAAGUUACUCUCACUAUCCUUCAGUCAUGAGGGACGCACUUCAUUCUGGAGAACCACCUUCAUGGAGGAUUUUGAAGGAAAACUAAAACAAGAACUCCCAGAGGAUCAAAUUGGAAUAUACUCCAACAAGAUGGAAGAACUGACCAAGACAAGUCCAGUGUUAUGCAGCACAGUGGAGAAAUGUGCAUUGGAGGCAAUUGCGGUUGUUUGUCAGGAUAAAUCUGGCAGAGCUGUUUCAGCUCUUUUGGAGAAACAUGAUAUCACAAAGUUUGGGAAGCUGAUGUCUGUUGUUGUGCUGAAGACAUGGCCCACGGAUGUGAAUGGAGAUUACAUUGAAGGCGAGGACUUGAUAUUUGAGUACCUUGUAAAUUGGCCCAUGGCUAAAACGGUCUUCCAAAUGACAGGGGCAAGAGGAAUGCUGAUUGACAGUCUGUCAGAUGAAGCACAAAUGAGGAUGACUUUGGCGAGUUCAGCAUUCAAAUCUGUGUCAGAGAAAUUCCUCAGUGGAGAAAUCCAAAUUAAAACUUUAAACCAAAUCCUCCAGAAAGAACGUGAAUUUGUUGACUUGCUGAAGCUAGAUGGCCUCUGUGAUGAUGGUCGUUGUAAAGAUGACAGAAACAUGAGAAGAUUUCUGAAACUAAGAAAAGAAGAAGCAGAAGCUGUCCAUAAUGAGAAGGAGAUGGUCAAGGCUCUUCUACAAAUCUGCCAGGAGCUUCCACAACAUGUCAAAGUUGACUUAAAGGGGUUGGACAGAAAACUUCACCAGAACAUUGAGAUGAUGAAUCUGAAUGAAUUCGUGAAGGUUCACACACUUGAUGAACAGACCUCUACUACAAUUGAGGUCACCUAUUUCAACCUUUGUGAUACCACCCGUCAAAUGGCUUCAGAACUGCAUGCUGUUAAAGACAGCACAAUCUUCAAAAUGUGCUGGAUGAACCAAGUAGAAGAGCUGUCAAGAGAACAGCAUGAUACAGAUGGCACUGAACACCUUGGUGGAAAUGAAGAAAUCUACACUCUCGAUCAGGUCCAUAGCAAAAUAUUCCAGAGCUGCUACAACAAAUACAAAGGGCUUUAUGAUGGUCUGAAGAGUGGGGAACUGUUACUGGAGGAAAUAGACAGCACUUUUGAUUCCUAUAAAGAGAAUUAUAAAGACUUGGAGAAAGAUUUAGACAUCAUGUGCAGAACAAACCCAUCUGAUAACAGAAAAUGGAUCAGAGGAAGGAUUCACCAGAUUCAACAGUACCAUGAUCUUCAUCUUGCAAUGGAAUCUGCCAAAAUCAUCAUGGAUAUCAGGAACACGAUAUGUCCAGAAGGAGAUUUCGAAGUAGUGGAAAAAUUGCUGCAAAUGACUCAAGCUGACUUCAAGAAAAACAGCCUGAAUUGCAUAGAUGAUACCUUCAUGGAGGCCAAAAAGAUUCUGAAGGACAUUACGAAUGAUCACAGGGAAUGUCUUCAGGAACUCAGUCUGAGUCGAACAUUUGUCCUGUGGGUUAAAAAAGAACUUGAAGAUAUCAAUGAGCUGAAAGUUUUUGUUGACCUGGCAUCCAUAUCUGCUGGAGAAAAUGACCUGGAUGUGGAUCGAGUGGCCUGUUUUCAUGAUGCUGUCCUUGGUUACUCGUCCAUGUUGUAUGGACUGAAGCAGGACUCUAAUUUUGAGGCCCUUAAAGAGUCAUUGUCAAAAUUGUGGAAGGCACUUGAAAAUGACAAGAGAAUACCGAAAAAGCUGCGAGAUACAGCACGUCAUCUGGAAUGGUUAAAGACUGUUAGGGAGAGCCAUGGAUCGGUUGAAUUUUCAUCUCUGUCCCUAGCUACAUCCAUCAAUGAGAGAGGGAUAUACACCAUCAAGGCCCAAAAUGAGAAAAAGCUCACUUUAGAAACUUCCCUGACGUUGCAAAUUCAGGACGGACGUGAGAAAAACACGACAUGUACUUAUGAGGACCUGAAAGAAUUGCAAAAUAAGCUUAUGCUCAUGUCUGGAAGAGGUGAACAAAAUCAAAGUGAAGUGAAAAGCUUCGCUGAGGUAUUUGAAAAUGUCCAAAGACUUGCCAAAGCAUUUGUAGAUCUUUAUGCUGCUGGGAACCCACUCUUCAGGUGUUGGGAAGCUAAGGUUUUUUGCCAAGCUCAGAGUGAUCCAUGUAUCAUUAUGGAAAUCAACUUUUGCAAGACCCUGCAUCAAAUCCGAGUAUUUGGAAGUCUAGUUGAACAACUUACAUCUCUGUCCCAGAAGAUGGAGUUGUUUCUUGAUGACUGGCGAAACUUCAUGGACAAACAGAGAUCUGAUCACUACUACUUAAACUACUUCACAGCAGAACAAAUAUCCUACCUGUGCAACAUUGUGACUCCUACAAAUGUGAAUGUAGAAAUAGAGGACAAAGCUCUGAUGAUGCUCUCUUUCAUCAAACCAAACUGCACAACAUCAGAUGUCUGGAGCACAUGGAGAAGGUUUCACAACCAAUUCCAGCCUGGAAAAAGGAUUAAUGAAGAUACUCACUUUCAAAGUCACUUUCUUCAACAGGAUGACAGUGAUAUGUCUUCAGCCACUGUGGGUCAUUUUAUAACUGCUGAUCCAGCAGACAAGGCAGACCAGACUGUAGGUUUGAAAGAACUGGAAGAGUUGUGGAAUGGCUACAUGAAGAAUGAGGGCAUAUUUUUCCAUGACCUUUUGGACAUAAGGAGUUUAGGGAGUCUGUUAGAAAUGAUUACUGUCUCAGAAAACCAAAAUGAAAAUGAAUGGGAAGAACCAGUGCUCUCAGAGACAAAAGACAGUUCACUCAGAAGAAGGCUCCCAAAGGGCCUCUUUUCAGCCCAACCUAAUCUCAUAAUCUGUCCACACGAUGAGGUCCUGACUUCAAGUAUCUGCUUGUACAUGACCAGUGACUAUGAGCCACUGCCGACUUAUGAUGAGGUGCUCUUGUGUACUCCUGCCACAUCUUAUGAGCAAGUACAGCUUUUCCUGAGGAGAUGUCUCACACCAGGUGACAUUGGUCAGAAGAUUUACACAAUGAUUUGGGCAGAUCAACUAACCUAUGACGUUAGCUGUGCAAUGGAGAAGUGUUUUCAGAAACUGCGUUCCCUGUGUAAACAUGAUUAUAGGCUAGUGAUCUUUUGCAGCUCUGACAGGGAGCACACAUAUAUUCCUACUGCAUUCAGUCAGUUCAAAAGAGACUUUGUGCCACAAGAGCCAUUGGAAAGGAUCCAGAAGUACUUGUCCAGGCAUUACACUGUCCCCUCAGACCACACGAAUGCUGUGUUCAAAGGUGGCCAUUCUGUAGGCAUUGUUGCUUCCCAGCGUGCAGGAGUAGGCAAAUCAUUGUAUGUCCAAAGAUUGUAUGAACAGCUGGAGGGAAGUGUUGAAGAAGGAACAGCAUUUAAGAAGUGCAUCCGGCUAACUGAACAUGAGGUUGAUGACUACAAGGUACUCCAGUGUUUGUAUGACACACCAAAACAAAAAGAUCUCAAGGUGUUUCACUUUGAUGUCACAUCCUCGGUGCAAAAAGGCUUGAAUGAAUUUCUAUUCAAGCUGUUCUUUUUGCGGUACCUGAUGGAUUCAGAUGGACGGAUGUGGUGCUGCAGCCACAAACACUUGUACAUCAUCGAGUUACUGGAAUCUACACAUUAUCAGGCCAGAUAUGCCCCCAGAACUGGACGAAAGGAAAACUUUGCAUUCUCAGACGUUUUCCCUAAGGUGUACUGCCGUUCGCCAAAGGAGGUUAUGGCUUUGGAAAUGAGGAGAGAUGAAAACGCAGGCAUGGGGAGUGAUGACCCCCUUAUGGAUGACGAAUGUUUCAGGAGUGAAGCUUAUCAAAGACCAUACCAGUACCUCACACGUUUUUACAACAAUGACAAUCUUGACAACUUCACUUACCAGGGCAUUGAAGGGACUCAUGCAAAGUGUCUUCAGAUACUCUUAAUCUACUGUGGCAUAAUAGAUCCUUCAUGGGCAGAGCUACGUAACUUUGUAUGGUUCCUUAAUCUUCAACUGCAAGACUGUGAGAAUUCAGUCUUCUGCAAAUUUGAGUUUGUUGGAGACACUCUUCGUGGGUUCAAAAACUUUGUGGUUGAGUUCAUGAUCUUGAUGUCCAAAGACUUUGCAACCCCAUCACUGUGCAUCACUGAUCAGAGCCCAGGAAGGCAACAAAUUGACAUCAGUGGGCUUAAUGAAAGGGACUUAGCUCCUUUCCUGAUUAGAAAAAGGUGGGAAUCUGAGCCACAUCCAUACAUCUUUUUCAAUGAUGACCACAUGUCGAUGACUUUCAUUGGAUUUCACCUGAAGCUCAAUGAUCAGAAAGGGGUUGAUGCCAUAAAUCCCUUGACAGGAGCAGUGAUAAAGAAAAACAUCAUGACUCAAGAGCUGUACACUGGCUUAAGACUUCAGAGAGUCCCUUUUAAUAGGAACUUUGAUCAGCUUCCUCGAGCAGACAAGCUUGAGCAUCUGUGCAGUGUGCUUGGCAUCAAGUGGCCAACAGAUCCUGAUGAAACAUAUGAACUGACCACUGAUAAUAUUCUCAAAAUGAUGGCAAUCCAUAUGAGAUUUAGGUGUGGCAUCCCAGUAAUCAUUAUGGGUGAGACAGGAUGUGGAAAGACAAGGCUCAUAAGGUUUAUGUGUGAAUUAAGAAGGUGUGGAGCACCGGCAGAAAACAUGAAACUGGUCAAGGUUCAUGGAGGAACUACAUCAGAAAUGAUAUAUGAGAAAGUGCAGGAAGCAGAAAGUCUUGCAAGGACCAAUAAAGAGAAUCAUGAAUUUGACUCCGUUCUUUUCUUUGAUGAGGCAAACACCACAGAAGCUGUCAGCAGCAUCAAGGAGAUCAUUUGUGAUAACUCUGUGCAAGGACAACCACUUUGCUCCCAAACAGGACUACAGAUUGUUGCUGCAUGUAAUCCCUACAGGAAGCAUACAGACAAGAUGAUUGAAAGGCUAGAGGCAUCUGGAUUGGGCUACCGAGUCAGGGCUGAGGAGACUGACGACAGGCUUGGCUCCAUCCCUCUCCGCCAGCUCGUGUAUCGUGUUCAUGUAUUGCCCCCUAGCAUGAUUCCUCUUGUUUGGGACUUUGGGCAGCUCAGUGACUCAACAGAGCAAAUGUACAUUGAACAAAUAGUGCAAAGACAGGUGAAGGCCAAUGAGAUUGAGAAGCAACAUAUUCCAAUUAUAACUCAGGUGUUGUCGUCAUCACAAAAUUUCAUGAGGCAGAGGAAAGAUGAAUGCAGCUUUGUCAGUUUGAGGGAUGUUGAACGUUGCAUGCAAGUGUUUGUGUGGUUCCACAAAAAUCACGCCAUGUUUGCUAAGGAACUGAAAACAUUCAAAAAAAACCAAAAAAAAAACACGUUUUCACCUGCUAGUGACAGAGUAAUCUGGUCACUCUUGAUGGCUACUGGAGUGUGCUAUCAGUCCUGCUUGGAGGACAAAAAGCCAUAUCAAAAAACUAUCAGAGAGUUGCUUCCCAGUGAAUACAACACUAAGGGGUCACUGCAGGAAAUCCAACUCAUGCAGGACCUCCUACUCAGCGGUGUACCCAUGGGUAAGACAAUAGCCAGAAAUGAGGCUUUGAAAGAAAAUUUCUUCAUGAUGGUGAUCUGUGUGGAGCUAAGAAUUCCCUUGUUCAUUGUUGGGAAACCGGGGAGCUCCAAAUCACUGUCUAAAACCCUUGUUGCAGAUGCAAUGCAGGGCUCUGCCUCACAUUCUGAACUCUUUAGGAGGCUGAAGCAGAUACAUCUGGUGUCUUUCCAGUGCAGCCCUCAUUCAACUCCUGAAGGAAUCAUCAACACAUUCAAACAGUGUGCCCGCUUUCAAGAAAGCAAAAACUUGGAUGAAUACAUCUCAGUAGUUGUUCUUGACGAGAUUGGAUUGGCUGAAGAUUCACCUAAAAUGCCGCUGAAAACACUGCACCCGUUACUGGAAGAGGGCUGUGUUGAUGAUGAGCCACAACCUCAUAAAAGGGUUGGAUUCAUUGGAAUUUCCAACUGGGCACUUGACCCUGCAAAGAUGAAUCGUGGAAUAUUUGUGUCCCGUGGAGAUCCAACCCAGGAAGAGCUCAUCAAAAGUGCUAAAGGGAUUUGCUCAUCUGAAAAAAAGAUUCUUGAAAAAAUCAAACACCUCUUUCCACCUUUUGCAAACGCAUAUAUGACCUUAUGCAAAGAAGGCAGGGGUUUUUUUGGUCUGCGGGAUUUUUACAGUCUGAUAAAGAUGAUAUUUUCAAUUACCAAACUCAGUAAUGAGAGGCCCACUGCAGAUGAAAUCACUGGUGCAGUCCUGAGAAACUUCAGUGGAAAAGAUGAUGUGGAUGUGAUGGGCAUAUUCAGCGAACAACUCAGAGAUGACUUUGCAAAUGCCAGCAUCACCACCUUUGAUUUGGUAAAUCAAAGCAUCUGUCCAGCUUCCCAAGUGGAUGGAAAUCGUUACCUCUUAAUCCUCACAAAAAACUAUGCAGCUCUUCAGAUUCUCCACCAGAUAUUCUGCUCUCAUCGAAUCCAUCCAGAGAUCAUCUUUGGAUCUAGUUUCCCAAAAGAUCAGGAAUACACACAGAUUUGUAAGAACAUCAAUCGUGUCAAGGUUUGCAUGGAGACUGGACAGACAGUUGUGCUUCUGAACCUUCAGAAUCUGUACGAAAGUCUGUAUGAUGCUCUCAACCAAUACUAUGUGACCCUAGGGGGUCAAAAGUAUGUUGAUCUUGGAUUAGGAACACAUCGUGUGAAAUGCAGAGUUCACAAAAACUUCAGGCUCAUCGUCAUUGAAGAGAAAGAGGUGGUCUAUGAGCAGUUUCCAAUCCCACUGAUUAACAGGUUGGAGAAACACUACCUUGACAUAAACACUGUUCUCAGAAAUGAGCAGAAGGACAUUGCCGUACAACUAAAGGAAUGGGUUGAUGAUUUUGUCUCCUUAAAAAGUCAAAACCCAAAGAAAAAACAAUAUGUUCCAAGUGAUGUCUUCAUCGGCUACCACUCAGACACAUGCUCCUCUGUGGUCCUGCAAGUAACAGACAGUCAAAGUGUUGAAACAGAUGCUCAGAUCAUUCUGGACAAAGCCAAAGCCGUUCUGCUCAACUGUGCCACUCCAGACUCUGUUGUUCGUUUGGACAAAUCCAGACUGCCUAUUGAGGAAAGAGAGCAUUUAAUGAAAGAAUAUGUUAAAGAGGAGAUGCACAGUUCAUUGGGAGACUACAUUGUCUAUCGCACACAGCAGUUGGAACAGUCCCACUUCUUCUUCACUGAGGUCACAACAUUUUCCAGGCUACUGACUGCAGCAGACACACAACAACUGCAGGAUGUGAUCAAGCUUGAUAUCAAGCUGCUAUCACUGCAACAGUUUGACACAGAGUACUCUUUCCUCAAGAAAAUCAGGGAAUUUCUUGGCUCAACAACUGCAGACAAAGUAUUCAUUAUCCAAACAGACUAUGAUGAAGACUCCCACAGAAGGAAUAUUUUUUCCUCAGCCAAGUAUUCGUGCAUCAAUGAAAUAAACAAGUGGGCCGCUAAUGACAACACAAAGAUAUUUGUGUACUUUGUCACCAAACUUCCUCGAAUCGAGGGUGGGACCUCCUAUGUUGGGUUUCAAGGCGGUCCUUGGAGGUCUGUUCACAUUGAUGAUCUCAGAAGAUCAAAAGAGUUUGUGUCUGAUGUUCAUUCCUUGAAAAAUCUACGCUUAAGUGACCUUUUUGAAGAUCCACCUGAGGACAUGGAGACAGAAGACCACAUUGGUGUGCCACAAGAUGGUGACUCCACUGUUUUAGGAGAUUUGUUUGAUAUAACAGAUCUGGUCAGGAGCUGUGUGCAGAGUGCAGUGAGCAUGCUCAGAGAUGCAGCAGACAGUGGAGAACUCAGCACAAAGAGAGUUGAGAACCUGCUCACACUUCUGGAUGGAAGUCAAACACAAGGUUUGUUUGCAAGCAUUGUGAGGAAGCGUCUCCACUUGCUGUUAGUGGACUACGAGGCCAACAUCCCCAAUCCAAAAAGCUGGGUUCUGAACGUGGCAUCUAAUGUCAGUGCCCUACAAGAGGGUGGAACAUUCCUACACACACUCUGGAGGAAAAUACAAGCAGUUGUUACACCACUUCUAGCAAACUUGGUUUCAGUCAUUGACCGAGAUUGCAAUUUGGACCUUCUGCUGAAUGAGUGCGAUGACAUCAGGAACCUAUGGUUUGAGAUAUUUGGGAGCAAAGAGAUGCUCCAUGUACCUUCUGUUCGGGUGGAAAGCAACUCGAAUGUCUUAAUGGUUCAAAGCCAUAUCAUAGGUGGUGCCACUAUGUGUUGUCUCAUGCCCUUCAGCUGGUGGAUCAAAGAUUUCCUGGAUGGGCUGAUGAUACAAACAUCCAGACAUGAAAAUCAUUCACCUGGUCAUUUCCAAGAGUUGUUCUUGAACACCCCCCUUGGCAGUUACUUGGCCAAAAAUGUGAAUAAAAUAAAGAAGAAAGAAUUUUUUGAAAGGUACCUGCAGGAUUUUGUUGCCAUGACCAUGAAAGUGGCAUCAGCUGAAGAAUUGCAGCUCUUGUGUGAUGCUCUGGCCAGUUGUGUUGAUGAAGUACGGAGACGAAGAACAGAUGAAUAUGAGCUUUCUCUUCCUCAUGUCCACAUUGCCUAUCAUUUCUAUCAAAGUCGUCUUCAGAACCUCUCACGGAUGACAUCUCUUCAGCCUGAUGUUGUUUCUCCUUUGCGAAGAAACCAGCACAUUAGACAUUGUCCAGAGAUGGUUUUGGAUAUCCAUGCAGCCAUGGCAUGUGUUGAAGGUCUGGAGUCUCCUAAUUUAGAUACUGAUGCUCUCUGUCAGAAGUGGCUAAAGCGGGUUAAGAGACUGCAAGCCUCUUUGGAGUUGAUUUGCUGUCAACAUAAGACCAAUCAAUAUGGAGAGCGAUGUAAAGAAAGACUCCAUGAUAUCAGUUAUGGCUGGAAGCGUAUCUACAUCCUCUCAUUGUUUGUGGAACACAUGCUUCUGGGUUUCCAUAUUGAGGAGAAUCAGCUAAGAACACUGGUCCUGAAUCACAUUCAAACCUUAAGCAGGGUUCUGGAGAGAAACUCUGAUGUCAAAUCAAUGAAAGCUUUUCAAGCUGUGAUUCAAGUACUGAAGUCUUGUAGGCAGGGGGCAAGUGAUCAGAUGUUCAGGUUUGGACUUCAGUGUGUGGUGUGCAUGAGGGAGCCUCAGGACCCUGUAGGGCUGCCUUGCCAACACAUCUACUGCUCCACAUGCAUCAGAGGAAGCCUUGAUGCAGGGCAGAAUUCCUGUCCCAGUUGCAGACAAGAGAUACCAAAUGACUUUCAGCCACAUGUCUCUGAAAAUAUCAAGGUGUCUAUCAAGAAAAAUGCAGCAUUCAGGCGGCGUUGCAAUGGUUUCUUCAUUGAUCUGCUCUCCACUGUGUGCUUCAAAGACAACACGCCACCAACCAGAGACGUCAUCACACACCUGUUGUCCUACCUGAUUGUUGAGACAGAACAAAAACAGAUUCAUACAAAAGAUCUGUCACCUUUUGACGAGUCCCCAGAUAAAAACCCAGUCGUGCGUUCUGUGAUCCUCAAGCUGCUGCUGAAGUUCAGUUUUGAGGAAGUCGAGGAAUAUUUGCAGCAGCAUUUGACAUCUGUUGAAGAGAGCAGAUUUGUGGAGGAGGAGGACAAAGCAGAACUUUAUGCUUUGUACAUCAACUGCUUGGAGGACUCCAUGUGGGAGAAAAUGCCUCAGGAAGGCAACAACGCUGUAGAGUUGAAGUCAUUUUUUAAUGGUGAAACAAAAUUCUUGGCUGAAGUCACUUCUGUUCCAGCAACGGUGUCUAUUCAACAUCUGCAGCACAUCGCACGAUUGCGUCUGUCCCUCACCAUGGCAGCCCAGCUUAUCAGUGACAAUCUGUCUGGUGACGAUAUCCCAGAUGGAGCAGAGGAUUUCCUAAACAUGGUGAUUACGCUCUGUAAGGACAGUGGGAAUGAUUGGUACCGUGUUUACCUGAUCCGCAAGCUCAGUGAAGGGCAGGGUGUCGAGUUUAUCCAGACGCUUGUGAAACAACCAAACUUCAGCUGGCUUUUCCCUAUAGAGAUCCAUCAGCAGAAUGAAGUUGGAGGUCAGAUGGACCAGUUUCUUGUGUAUGGAGAAGAAUACAAGGCAGUGAGGGAUGCAGUUGCCAAGGCAAUAGUGGAUGGUGAUGUUGAGCAGAUAGAAGAAGUCUGCGAGAAAUGCACCGCGCCACCGAGGAAGCGGACAUUGUUCAUCCUUCUAGCGCUUUUCCGUGAGGUUACAACUCUGUACAGAUCUGCAAAUACAGGUCUUCAUCCGACCCCUGAGCGAUGCCAAGCAUUUGGAGAGCUCAUCCAGGGCUCAAGGUAUUUGCAUCAAAGAGAAGUAAGGGAUUUUGCCUCAGCCUUGGUUCACAACAGGUUGGGAGCCCUGACCAUGUACCCUGGUCAAACUAUUGUGGACAAAACUAUCAUCAAGCUGACCAUCCACCUGGCAGCUGUGCUGCUCACUGGGACUGACCUCCUGGUGAUGCCACUAAAGCAACUUGGUCUGUAUCCUGAAAAUAUGCAGGAGGCAUUUGUACCCACAAUGCCAGAUGACAUGUUAGCUGUUGCCCAGGCAGUUAUACACCAAGACUAUGGGCAGCUCACUUGGUAUGUGUGUCCAAAUAAUCAUCCAUGCUUUGUUGAUGAGUGCGGCCUGCCAAUGCAGAAAGGCCGAUGUCUGGAGUGUGGACAGGAAGUUGGAGGGGACCGUCAUAUAGCCUUGCCUGGAUUCAGACCAAUUCAGCUGCAGGAGGAUGGCACAAGGCCUGGUCAUAUCCUGGGAGACCCUGAGCGCAGAAACAACCCAGAUGCCUUGGACACCAAAAACAUGUCUCUGACUCCCUUCACUCUGGUCAGGCUGGUUACACACUUGGCCAUGUUGCUGGGAGCCUCAGAGAAGUCCCAGCAUUUCCAGCACAUCAUUCAGCCAACUGUGGAGGAUGUUUGUUUCUUUCUCACUCAGCAUAUAUUAAAGGAUUUGGAUCAGCUGUCACAGGCACUAGGAAGAGGAGCAGACGACACUGUUACAACUGUCCACCUGGUGCUCAGAUCCCUGCAAGAGCUAGUGCAGGCCAGUUACCCUGGUAUUGAUCCUUACCUAAAAACCAAAGCAUCCAGAAACACCUGGGAGACCACUGUGGCUGCAGAUAUUCUGACACCUCUGUUGAGGGACCUUGAUCAACUCCUGCAAGAAGCCAAGGGCAGCAUCAGGACAGACUCCCGUAUAUCUUCCAACUUCAUCAUGAGGAUGACUUACGGUGAUGAUUGUUCCUUCCUGGCGUUGCUGCCGCAGGUUUCUCAGGUUCACACCUCAGCGGUGUGGAACUGCAGGGAGCGACUUUCAUUGCUCAGCCUCACACACAUUGUUGAGCAGUAUGACCAAAAGGAGGAGCUGCCUCUGCUCUGGAGGUUCCUGCAGAAGGAGAGAGAAUUUCGGCAGAUUAAGCUGCUUCCAAAAAUCCUAAUACUGCAGAAACGCUUGGUGAGAAAGUUCCAAAACGCAUCUGACCAGAUAGUAGGCUCCAUCAGAGAGUUCAUCGAGAAGCAAAAGGUUUCAGAAAUGAGGAGAUGGUAUGACAAACACAUUGACGUCUUCCUGAAAACAUGGAAUCUGCUCAGAGUGUCCGUAACCAGCCAUGAAAUGAAGAUUCCAGAUCAAUUUUGCAGCGAUGAUUUGGAUCUGAACAGCGACCUGCAGUACCUCCUGCCCCGGCGGCAGGGUCCUGGCCUGUGUGCUACAGGGCUGGUCAGCUACCUGGUGGCGCUUCACAAUGAGCUGGUGAAUGCUGUAGAUAACCACACCGGAGAGGACAGCAGCAGUUUCAGGGUGAGUGUCACGGAGCUAACGGAGCAGCAUGUGAUCCGCUAUGAGGUCGAGAAAGAUCUGCUUCCUUUGGUUUUAUCCAACUGUCAGUACAGCUUAGAACGUGGCCACGAGACGAUAUCACAAUAUGACCUGCCCAGGAUCCAGCAGCAGAUCCUCGACCGCUUCUUGCGGGGAAAACCUCUUAUCACCCGCACAGGAAUUCCCACUCUGAUCAACACACAAGAGAGAGACUAUGAAACCAUUUUCAAAGCUGUUAAAGGAAAAGUGCAUCAGGAAAUUCUGUCCUCUCUGACCCGAAACGCCAUGUCCAGAUACCUCGACUCCUACAGCGAGGUGUGCGAGGCGCUCAAGAUCGUGGAGCUGCUCUUGGGUUUCCUUUCAAUGACUGGCGGUGAUCGCAUGAUGUCGAUGGUCACUUACCUUCGGGACAUCUUGAAGAUGGCCGACCACAUUGAUCGGCUCAUAUUGCAGGCUCUGGGCAGAUGCACCCUCAGACACUGUGUUUCUCUUUGGCAACUCCUCUCCUCCCUCAAAUCUGAAACCAUGAUGAAACUAAAGAGGGAGCCAUUUUCGGGGUAUCCAAAGGAGUACCAGCUGCCGUUGACAGAGGAAGACAAGAAUGAGCUGAAAGGCUUUGUGUCCAGGGAAAACGUUGACCAAUGGCUCCUUGAGAUGCACGAGUUUCUCCUGUUGAAUCUGGGCCGCCUGCGGGCCACGGACGACUACAAACCAUCCUGGGGUGUGAAGGAGACAGUGGGUGCCUACAUGGACCGUAAAGAAGUGGAGGUGCCUCCUUAUGUGGAGGACAAGUUUCCUGACAACCUGCAGCUGUCCCAGAUUGUGGAGACCUGGAAAUACGCUGUCACAGCCAAACAGGACUGGAUGAUGGAGAGAUGAAAUAUAUGAGUUUAAAGAGAUUUGAGUUCAUUGGGUUCAUUUCUGAUCAUACAUUCUAACCAGAUGAUUUUACUUUAUUUGUUUCUGUUUUAGUGAUUUGACAAUGAAGCAUAACAAAGCAUUCCAAUGCUGAUUAAACUUGAUGCUCAAUGAUUUGAAUAUACACUUUGUUUGGUGUUAUCAUGAGCCAGUUGCUCAUUUACUGCCUUUUAUUAAUAUAAUAGAAAUCCUUUUAAGAAUGACUGUCUGAGCCUCAAUUAAAGAAAAUCUCAAGAAAAUGUCGUAUGACUUUGAUAAAGA